CCCGACAGUCAACUAACUAGCAGUGCUACGGUACCACGAAGCAAAUUGCUAGCUCUAGUUCUCUGGAUGAACCUCAUUCCUACCAAUUCUAGUCGAUAAUUUGGGGAUUGAGGUACGUAGUUAUACUCAAUUAAGGAUCAAUGCCCAUGCAUGACCGUGACUUGAAGAAAGAAGAAAGGCCCCGGAGAUCUGGAGAGAAGGUCUCAGAGAGGAAACAGAGAUAAAAGUCAUGUGGCGUAAAAAAAGUAUUUCUUCGGUUGGCUAUUCCGGCGGUGGUAUUCGCUGUCAUUAUUCUGCCCUUCAAGCUGUCCGACCAACCUUCUGCUGCCCCUCACCCUCCUGCAAGCUGUACGACCGCUCUCUCAACCGUUCCACUGCUCUACGAACACCUUCUUUUCGCCCUCCCAAACCAGCAUUACCUAUCUCUUUUACUAAGUCUUGCUCUGCAGAAGCACAUAGGAUGGCGGCUAAAGAUAGAGACAUCCUUCCUGAUGCGGUUAAGCCGCUUCAUUAUGGAGUCUCUCUCUUUGACCUUCAGCUUGGCGGUUCUUGGGGAUACAAAGGCAUUGUGAAGGUCGAUGCCAAAGUCGUCCGUCCCACAAGAGAAAUAGUCCUGAAUGCAAAAGAGAUUGAAAUUCAAAAGGCAGAGGUUCUGUCCAAGGACGGAUCGAAACUGGCCGAGUCAACCUCUAUAGCCUAUGACAAAGAAUCGGAGCGGGUAUCUUUCCAAUUUCCCCAAGAGAUUGCUUCUCCCGACGUUGUGCUAUCAAUUGAAUUCACUGGAACGAUGAACAAUGCUAUGGUUGGCUUUUAUCGUUCAAAGUACAAGCCUACGGGUUCGCCAUCUGCGGAUACCCCCAAGGAAGGAGAUUUCCAUUACAUGCUGAGCACUCAAUUCGAAUCUUGCGAUGCGCGGAGGGCUUUUCCAUGCUUUGAUGAGCCUAAUCUCAAAGCUACGUUUGACUUCGAGAUCGAGGUUCCCAAAGGACAGGUUGCUCUGAGUAACAUGCCUAUCAAGUCCGAAAGAGAUGGAAGCAGCUCCCAACUGAAGGUUGUGUCCUUUGAAACGACACCCGUCAUGAGCACAUAUCUAUUGGCAUGGGCUGUUGGUGACUUUGAAUACGUCGAGGCGAUGACGGAGCGGAAGUACCAAGGGAAAAGUAUUCCCGUCCGGGUCUAUACUACUAGGGGACUCAAAGAGCAGGCUCGCUUUGCUUUGGAGUGCGCUUCUCGGACUGUGGAUUAUUUCUCGGAGGUUUUCGAGAUUGAAUACCCACUCCCUAAGGCUGAUCUCCUGGCGGUUCAUGAAUUUGCUAUGGGAGCAAUGGAGAACUGGGGUCUUGUGACUUAUCGGACGACUGCUGUUCUUUUUGAUGAGGGCAAAUCUGAUACUCGAUAUAAGAAUCGCAUUGCCUACGUUGUGGCUCACGAAUUGGCCCACCAGUGGUUUGGCAACCUUGUCACAAUGGACUGGUGGAAUGAGCUUUGGCUCAACGAGGGCUUUGCAACAUGGGUCGGUUGGCUUGCUGUCGAUCACUUUCAUCCUGAAUGGAAUGUUUGGUCGCAGUUUGUCGCUGAAGGUGUUCAACAAGCAUUCCAACUUGACUCCAUGAGGGCAUCCCAUCCAAUUGAGGUCCCCGUGAGAAAUGCCCUCGAGGUCGAUCAGAUAUUUGAUCACAUCAGUUACCUCAAAGGAAGCUCGGUGAUCAGGAUGUUGAGUGACCAUCUAGGUCGGGAGACCUUCCUCCGUGGAGUUGCAAAGUAUCUCAAGGCUCAUGCAUACGGAAAUGCAACAACGAACGAUUUGUGGUCUGCUCUUAGCGAGGCUUCAAACCAGGAUGUCAAUCGCUUCAUGGACCCGUGGAUCCGUAAGAUCGGAUUCCCUGUUGUAACGGUGGCCGAAGAACCCGGGCAAAUAAGCCUUCGUCAAAGUAGAUUUUUGUCGACAGGUGACACGAAACCUGAAGAGGAUGAAACUACAUGGUGGAUUCCGCUCGGCAUCAAGUCGGGUUCGCAGCUGUCAAACAUCGACUUACGAGCCCUCGAAUCCAAGACCGAUACCGUGCAAGGUGUGGGACAAGAUACCUUUUACAAGAUAAAUAGAAAUCUCUCCGGCUUCUACCGAACAAACUACCCUCCGAAACGACUUGCCAAGCUUGGUCAGUCGCUUGACCUUUUGAGCACUGAAGACAAGAUCGGGUUGAUUGGUGAUGCUGCUGCCCUUGCUGUAUCUGGAGAAAGUACCUCUGCGGCUUUACUAGCACUCUUGGAAGGCUUUAAGACAGAGACAAACUACUUGGUGUGGUCUCAGAUCUCGUCUUCCCUUGCCCAUUUGCGCUCCGUCUUCUCUCAGAACAAAGAAGUGGCUGCAGCCUUGAAGACUUUUACUCUCUCGUUAUCUUCUCCUGCUGCCGAGAAAAUCGGCUGGGAAUUCAAGCCUGAUGAUGACUACCUGACAAUACAGCUGCGAAAGCUUUUGAUCGCAAUGGCUGGAAACGCUGGUCACGAAAGCAUUAUCAACGAGGCCAAGUGUCGCUUCGAUCUUUGGGCUUCCGGAAAGGACAGACGCGCUAUACAUACGAACCUUCGCUCUGCCAUCUUCAAUCUCAAUAUUUCCCAAGGAGGCCGCAAGGAGUAUGAACUCGUUAAGGAAGAAUAUCUGACGACUGACUCUGUCGAUGGCAAGGAAAUCUGCCUGUCUGCGCUUGGACGCACCAAGAACACUGAUCUCGUGAAAGAAUAUCUGGACUUUGUCUUCUCAGACAAAGUUGCUAUCCAGGAUAUACACAACGGGGCAUCCUCUCUUGCCGCGAAUUCUGAAGUUCGCUAUCUGCUAUGGGACUAUAUGAAGAGUUCCUGGGAUGCUGUUGAGACUCGACUGUCUUUCAACAACGUUGUCUUCGAGCGCUUUGUGCGCCUGGGUCUCGGUAAGUUCGCUGACCUCUUUGUCGCAGAGGAAAUUUCAUCCUUCUUCAAGGAUAAGAACACCGAUGCAUAUGAUCGGGCUCUUGUGAUUGUUGCGGACAGCAUUCGCACGAACGCCCGUUAUAAGGAGAAGGACGAACUGCUGGUGCUAGAGUGGUUGCGUGCUCAUGGCUAUGCUUGAAGUCGGGGGUUUUUUUUAACCAUCCUUUCUACUCUAUAACCAUAAAACAUUCUCGGGGCUAUGUAUUAACACUGGACUUAGCUGGGUCUUUGUGUUAUGAACUGUCGCUGCUUUUGAGAAAUCGUCUCUAUGGAGCUGAUCGAUAGAAAUGGCAUUUUCUGCCUCCGUCCAAAUUUAUCUUUUUAGUCCAAGGGUGCUGAUUCCAGCUUUAGUUAAGACUAAAAUUAGAAGCUCUAAUUUCUUACUCUGAAGUAAGUCUUCACGCGCAUAUAUAGUAAGCUGUAAUAAUAAUAGCUCACCUUUGC